GGUUGUGCCCUCUUGUGUGCGACCACGUUUGUUGCCCCCUCUCUCUCUCUCUCUUAAGGCUUAAUCUUACCGAUCGGUUCGAGUGUCGCGCGUUGUUUUACUUUUUUUGUGUUCCGCUCUCUCGACCCGCAGUGACGCAUUCGGCCAUGAAUCCUGCCAAAUCAUCGUCCGCCAAUGGCACCAACAACGGCGGCGGCGAAGGGUACCACCAGCAGCGGCCAGCAGGCUGCGGUGGUCACCACCAUCAUCAUCACGCGAACCGGCGCGACUCGGAGGGGGCAGAAUCGCUGGACGGCGAGCAAGCGCUGGCCAUCAUCCGGCGGAACCUGAAGUCGAGCGCCAUGGACACGGAAGGCACGCAUUUCGACUGCAACUGUCCGCAUGUGUUCGUCGUGUUCGGUGCAUCGGGUGAUUUGGCGAAGAAAAAGAUCUACCCAACGCUCUGGUGGCUGUUCCGUGAUAAUUUGUUGCCAUCGGCCACGAAAUUCAUAGGCUAUGCGCGCAGUAAGAUGACGGUGGCGGAGCUCAAAGAAAAGUGCCGUCAGUACAUGAAGGUGAAGGACGAUCAGCUGGAAAAGUUCGACGAGUUUUGGUCACUCAAUUUCUACGUCGCCGGCAACUACGACACUCGGCGAGACUUUGAGCUGCUGAACCAGGAGAUUAGCAAAUUCGAGGUCGGUCGCGUGGCCAAUCGGCUGUUUUACUUGGCCCUGCCACCAUCGGUCUUCGAAUCGGUUACGGUGCACAUUCGUAACACUUGCAUGGGUGAAAAGGGAUGGAAUCGGAUCAUUGUGGAGAAACCGUUUGGCCGUGACGCGGCCACGUCCAACGCGCUCAGCACCCACCUGGCGAAGCUGUACAGCGAGGAUCAGCUCUACCGGAUCGAUCACUAUCUGGGCAAGGAGAUGGUACAGAAUCUGAUGACGAUCCGGUUCGGCAAUCAAAUCUUUAGCCCCACCUGGAACCGGGCGCACGUGGCGUCGGUGCUGAUCACGUUCAAGGAACCGUUCGGAACGCAGGGCCGUGGUGGGUACUUUGACGAUUUUGGCAUCAUCCGCGAUGUGAUGCAGAACCACCUGCUGCAGAUACUGUCGCUGGUGGCGAUGGAGAAACCGGCCACCUGCCACCCGGAUGAUAUACGUAACGAGAAGGUGAAGGUGCUGAAGAGCAUCCAGGAGCUGAAGAAAGAGGACGUUGUCCUCGGGCAGUACGUGGGCAACCCGAAUGGGCCGGAUGAGGAUUCGCGAGCCUCGUACCUGGAUGAUCCGACUGUACCGAAAGGGUCCGUCACUCCGACGUACGCGCUGGCGGCGCUGAAGAUCAACAACGAGCGCUGGGAUGGUGUUCCGUUUAUUCUGCGCUGUGGCAAGGCACUGAACGAGCGCAAGGCCGAGGUGCGCAUUCAGUACCAGGAUGUUCCGGGAGACAUUUUCGAUGGCAAACCGAAACGUAACGAGCUCGUCAUUCGCGUGCAACCGGGCGAGGCACUGUACGUGAAGAUGAUGACCAAAUCGCCCGGCAUCACGUUCGAUAUGGAGGAGACGGAGCUCGACCUGACGUACGGUCAGCGGUACAAGGACGUAGCGCUGCCGGAUGCAUACGAGCGCCUCAUCUUGGACGUGUUCUGUGGUUCGCAAAUGCAUUUCGUGCGCUCGGAUGAGCUGAGCGAAGCGUGGCGUAUCUUCACCCCGCUGCUGCACUACAUCGAACGGGAGCGACCGGAACCGAUCAAGUACAUGUACGGAUCGCGUGGCCCGAAGGAAGCGGACCGGAAGUGCGAUGAGAACAACUUCAAGUACUACGGCUCGUACAAAUGGCACCAGAGACACUGAGAGAUGGCGCGCGGUGAGCUGCAGUGUGUUCCGGCGGAUCUUUUAAAUCAAACCCGACCGGUUCCGCGACCUAUAUGAAGAUUGUUAUUUAUUUAUGUACACAAACACGAGGGCAACUCGCCCAUUAUCAUUCCC